AUGCCAGAGAAUGAUGAGUUGCCUGCUAUUGCUUCGCUUAAAACGACAUCUGUCAUUUUGCGUUUUGAGAAGGGCAGUGGCUGUCACCUUCACGAAUUCCCUUCAUUUGCCGCUUCCUGUGCUCACAGCCCAAUGAUAAGCACUUACCCUCUGCCCAAACGACUGACCGAGAUAACACGUGAUACUUUUCAUGAGCAUUUGUUGGAGAAGUGCGUGAAUGUAGCACACAUUGGGUGGAGUGAUGGCGAAACUGGUGGCAGCAUCAGUGCUUCCAUUCGUGUGCCACUACGGAGUGGUCAUUGCCAAACAUGGAGUGGCGAGUAG